CCAAGGAGCCUGAGCCAGUUGUGCCGAAGCAACGAUCAGUGGCUGAUAUCAAAGCAGCGCACAACUACAAAUCGAAGCUCCCACCUGCUGGCUCAGCAGGGGCUGCAGCAGCUGAUGCAAGGAACAAGCUGGUGGAACGAGGAGAGAAGAUCAGU